GGGGCCCGGUCGGAGUGCGUCUACGCGCGCGGGGACGUGGCGUCGCACCCCCCCGGAGGGCGCUUCGCGCUCAGCGUCUGCGACGACGCCCAGCUGGAGGGGGUCGUGUUUCUGGGUCGGUGUCGUCUCAUCAUUCGCCCAUCGGAGUCUGGGGGACACUUGGCAACAAAGGAAUGUAACCAGCCGGAUGAAUCCAAACCGGCGCACCGGGUCAUCUCCAAACGUUCGUCCCCCGAUUCCUCCGGCGACCCCGGCGACCCCGGCUCCCUGCCCGUCCACGCUGCGGCUCAAGGUCGCGCCCCGGCCAUCGACCCUGGUGCCACCGCGCGACCCGCCGACGGCGCUGAUAGAACCCCGGACAGCGACGCUCCCACCGCUAGCGCAGGGCCCAGUCCGGAAGCACCGCAGCCUGGCCCCGGCAGCAUCACCGACCCUAGCUCGACCUCUACUCCUGCCGCUAGCACGAAACCUGACCCGAGCACGAGCGCUCGCACGAGCACUAGCGCUAGCCCGGGUCCUCGCAGCGCCGAUGCUGCCCCUAACACUGACUCUAAUCUGUACACUACCCAUAACCAUAAUGUUAGCCCUGACCUUGCCAAUAGCACUGAACUUGCCACUAGAUUUAACCCUAGUACUGGCCUUAGCACUAACCAUAACCAGAGUACUACCCCUCCUGCUAGCCCUCACCCUACCACUGACUCUCACCCUAGCACUAGCCAUAGCCCUAAAAAUAGGCCUCGCAUGAACUCCCAUUCUACCCCUGGCCACAACUCUACUGCCAGCCAUAACCAGAGCACAAGCACAAGCCCUGAUGACGACACUGGCCUGAACAUCAAUGGCAUUAACCCUACCACCAUCCUUCACCGUAUCCCUAACACUACCCCUACCACUGCUGUUAACAUUACCCAUAACCCCACCACUAAGCCUACCCCGAACACUACUCUUAAUACUACCCCUAUCACCAACCAUCUCAAUAUCACAACCCCUUCCUCUAGCCCUGCCCAUAACACUGCGCCUAACGCUACCAAUAUUCACACUGCUGACACGACCCCUAGUUUUGCUCAUAAUACCGCACCUAACACUACCCCGACCCCUAGCACCACCCCUAACACUACCCCUAACACUACGCCUAGCACUACCCCUAGCACUACCCCUAACAGUACCCCUAGCACUACCCCUAGCACUACCCCUAGCACUACCCCAUCACCCACCGUCACCCCGAGCGCCCUGGCAGCCUCCGCACCAAACACCACGGCAGGCCGCCCGCCCCUCCCCGUGACCCCGCCGGCCAACGCGACCUCCGCGCACAGCCCCUCGACGUCGCGGACCCCCGCGUCCACGCCCUCGGGGUCCCGGAGCCCCGGGCGGACCCCGCCGGAGCCCAGGGGCCUCCACGUGGAGCUGGUGGUGGUGGCUGGGGCGGACGUGGGGCGGCACCACGGGGAGGACACGCAGCGCUACCUGCUCACCAACAUCAACAUCGCUGCAGAACUUCUCCGUCUUCCCAGCCUGGGCAGACAGAUCCACCUACACGUGGUCCGGCUACUGCUGCUCGGAGACUCGACUCCGGUGGAACUGGCCGUGACGGAGAACGUCACCUCGUCGCUCACCUCCUUCUGUCGCUGGCACCGCUCACACAACCCGGCGGACGACUCUCACCCUGACCACGCCGACCUCGCCCUCUACGUCACCAGGCAGGACCUGGUGGGCACUGGCGGUCUUCGCGCCGUGCGCGGUGCCGCUCAGCUGGGUGGCGCCUGCUCCCCGGCCUGGAGCUGCCUCCUCGCCGAGGACACGGGUUUCGACCUCGGGGUCACCGUCGCCCACGAGAUCGGCCACAGGUCAUUAGCAGGGUCGUUAGAUCGGGGCCGCCCGUCGGUUGGGGGCGAGGCGGUGAACCCCGGCUGGACAGGCGAGACCGGCAGGUGGUCCGGCCAACGGAGAGGUCGGGGUCGGAGGUCAGAGCAGUCGUUCCGGUCCCACAGAUGUUUGGUGACGGUCACGUGCAGCUUUGUCCAGCUGGGAGAAGUCGCAGAGUGUAAGGGAGCAGUGCCAACAAUCGGUCAAACUCGGUUUAAGAAUGACUCCAUCCACGACGACAGCCUCGGCAUCACUCACGACGGGGAGGAGAACGACUGUGGCGGUGGCGGUGGCUACAUCAUGGCGGUGGAGGGGGCGCACGCGAGCCUCUCCUCUACCUGGUCUCGCUGCAGCCGCAGGCAGCUGCUGCGAUUCUUGAGCUCGGGAGAGGCCUGGUGCCUGGCGGACGCCCCCCCGGCCCCGGCGCCCGCCCACCCCCCCGUGCUGCCCCCCGUGCUGCCGGGCCUGCGCUACGGCGCCGACGAGCAGUGCCGCGUCAUGUUCGGCCACGGCGCCACCGCCUGCUCCUUCAGCAAGGACGACAAGGACGUGUGCAGCGUGCUCUCGUGCCACACGCACCGCGACGACUUCUCAAGCUGCACGCGGCUGCACAUCUCCCUGCUGGACGGCACGCCCUGCGCCGACCACCGGCGGUGCGUGCGCGGCGCGUGCGUGCCGUUCACGGGGGCGCCGUCCGUCGAACCGGUGCACGGCGCGUGGUCGGCCUGGGGCCGCUUCGGCGACUGCUCGCGUACCUGCGGCGGCGGCGUCACGGUCCGCACGCGGCGCUGCAACAGCCCCCGGCCUGCGCUCGGAGGGAGGACGUGCGAUGGGACGGACGUGGAGGCCGUCAUGUGCAACCGCCAGCCGUGUGCCUCCUCGUCGCAGUUCACCUUCGCCGUGGAGCAGUGCAGCAACGCCAGCGCUGAGCCGUCCACCACCACCGCGGCGGCGGCGGCGGCGGCGGCAGCGGCGGCGGCGGGGACCCGCUCGGCGCUGCGCUACCACGCGUGGGCGCCCACCAUGGUGCGAGGAGACUGGCGCUGCCAGUACCGCUGCGAGACCGUGGGCAGGAGUCUGCGAGUGUCGAGGGGGGCGGCGUUUGUGGACGGGACUCGCUGUGAGCACCCGAAGGAGCCGGCCCUGGGGCUGUGCGUGUCGGGGCGGUGCCAGGCAAGGCGAUGCCCUCCCACUCACCCACGCCGCUUGCGCACACGCCCGCUCGCACUGGGGCACUCUCACCCACCCACACUGGCACACGCCGCCCGCUUUCGCCUGCCCCAACGGUCUGUCGAGGCUCCGUCCCAACGGCCUGUCGAGGCCACACGGAGGACCAUUGCCUUCAUGUCCGCGCAGGAGUUUGGCUGCGACGGCGUGCUGGGCUCGGGAGUCCUCGUGGACGCGUGCGGGACCUGCGGAGGGGACGGCUCCUCCUGCUACCGCAUCAACGGGACAUUCCACGGCGGGGAGGCCAAGAAGUACGUCACAUUCCUGCGCGUGCCCCUAAACGCCACCUCUGUGCACGUCUCGAACACCCGCUCAGCCUACACACACCUGGGUGAGUGCGUGCGUGUUUACAGGUGCUGCUCCCCCCGCUCACAGCACUUGCCCCCCGACGGACCUGUCAAAGGCUGCACGGGAGAUCUUUGUCUUUGUGUAGCGAGGAGUGGCGGCGCAGUGGUGAGUGUGCGCGCCCGAGAGGCCCCGUCCACCGAGGAGAACGGAGCAAUUAAAUCGGAGCGUGCGUGCGUGCUCGGUGGAUUGUCACAAUCGCAGGGUCGCGAUCAAUGGUGGCGGAUUUGGGACGCCUCCAUCCGGCAGCGGAUAGACCCGCUGCUGGUGGGCCGCGUGCCGGUGGUGGCCGGGCGCGGCUCGGUGUCCACCAACGUGUCGGCGCCCUCGGCGCUGGAGGACGAGCGGCUCACCUACCGCCUCUACCUCACCGAGCUCAAGAUCCCGCGCACGGAGCGACUCUCCAUCCCGGGACCCGUCACUCAGCCCACGCACGUGCAGGUGUACCGGCGCUACGGGCGCGAGUACGGCCGCGCCGCCGACCCCGACAUCGUCUUCUCCUUCCACCUGCCCCACGGGCAGCCGCUCUACCAGUGGGAGGAGCGGCGGGCGCCGUGCUCCCACACCUGCGGCACAGCGGUCGUCGGGGCGGUUGACCGUGAUGUUGUGGGCGGUGGCGCCGUGCGUGCAGGGACGACGCGGGCGCUGCACGUGUGCGUCGACCCCUCGCUGGGCUCCGAGGUGCCGCCCGAGCGUUGCCUCCUGGGCGGGCCCCGGCCUUUGGAGCGGACCGUGCCGUGCAGCCGGAGCCUGGAGCCCUGCCCUGCCCCGCCGCACGAGGUCACCGCGAAAGCGCCAGCGAGCGACGGCGAUGGUGAUGAUGGUUUUACGUCGUCAUCGUCGUCGUCAACAUCGUCGUCGUCAACAUCGUCGUCGUCAACGUCCUCGUCAUCGUCGUCGUCAACGUCGUCAACGUCAUCGUCAACGUCGUCGUCAUCGCUCGCUGCGGGAACGUCUUCUUUCGGAGCUGCGAGUCAGGGGUCACGCGGGGGUCAGGGGGGUUCCACGACCCCUUCCCCGGUGACCUCCGCCCCCCCCGUGACCCCGACCACCAAGACCCCUCUGGUCACGACCCAAGCUGCGCAUGACGCGGCACCCUCGACAGAAUUCUCAACUCCCACCACCCCUUCCUCCUCCUCCUCCUCCUCGUCAGCCUCCUCGUCAGCCCCCUCUUUCUCCACCUCCUCUAUGGCUCCACAACUGCCCGCGUCGUGCGGGCUGCAGGUGACGGCGCCCGCGGGCGUCGUGCGCCUCGACGCUCGCCCAGGGGUGGACUGCAGUGUGGCUUUUGCUCGCCCGCUCGGCGAGGUCGUGUCCGUGCACGUGCUGCAGCACAACAUGGAGUGCAGCGCCGGCGACUACGCGAUGGUGCUGGAGCGACUGUCGUGGCGGCGCUUCUGCGAGGGCUCGCGCAACACGACGCUCUCGUCGCGCACCAACAACCUCGUCGUGCGCCUGCGCGCCGCCGGCGGGCGCCGGGGCCUGCGCGUGGCCUUCGCCGCCCGGCGGGCGCGGCGGCCGCAGCACCGAGAAUGCGACGUGCAGCUGACGGGCACCAAGGGCAGGAUCGGCGCCCCGCAGGCCACGGUGGGCGGAGCGGCCACGCAGCCGUGCCGCGCGUACAUCAACGUGCCGCCACAGCGGCGCAUCGUGCUGCGGGCGAUGCUCACGAGCGGCGGGGGACGGGGAGGGGAGCAGGACGGGCCGUGCGACGGCCAAGUCGUGGUGAGGGACAUGGAGACGCUGAAGGCCGUCCCCGUGUGUGGGCCCAGGCCCCUCGUGUGGAAAUCUUCCGGCAGUCGAGCGGAGAUCGAGUUCCACGGCCGGCUCAGCAAACAGACGUCAUCCUUCAUCGCUCUGUACCGCGCCAUCGACCCCGGCACACCCCUCUCCGGAACAUAGACCCCCUACAGACCCCCAUAGACCCCCUACAGACCCCCAUAGACCCCCUACAGACCCCGGUAGAGCCCUGCAGACCCCCAUACCCCACACACCCCUAAAGACCCCCAUAGAGCCCUACAGACCAUUAGACCCCUACACAUCCCCAGACCCCUACAGACCCCCAUAGAGCCCUACAGACCACUAAACCCCUACACAUCCCCAGACCCCUACAGACCCCCAUAGAGCCCUACAGACCACUAGACCCCUACACAUCCCCAGACCCCUACAGACCCCCAUA